UGCUCUGAUUGCUCCAUUUUCUUCUGAUAAGUUGUCUGAGAGUUUCUAUUGUCGUUUGAAUGUAGAUCCGAGUUUGAGUCCAGCGAGACAUUUCUGCUAUGCCCAGAUCUGGGAUUCCAUAUAUCUCUCCUCUGUUUCUUUCUCCAUCAAUUUCUUUCACAAUCCUCUCGAGAUGAAAAGGAAAGAGCCCACUCGUUCAGAAGAUCCAAUCUACAAGGCGUCUUCCUCUUCGAAGUCUCCACAUGUAGGUGAUUAUGAAGGCGGAACCAAAAGACCGAAGGGAAAUGAUUACGAAGUGUUCUUGAGCUUCAAAGGGGAAGACACUCGCAAAGGCUUCACCGAUCAUCUCUAUCAUAACCUUGACCAUGCAGGAAUUCGUGUGUUCAGAGAUGACAAUGAGCUCCGCGUUGGUGAGGAGAUUGGUCCGGAGCUUCUCUACAGUAUUACGAAGACUAAGAUCUCGAUUCCGAUUAUUUCGGAGAACUAUGCUUCAAGCAAAUGGUGCCUCUGCGAGCUGGCUGAGAUGUUGAAGUGCAAGAGAAGUAAAUGGCAGAUAGUGUUGCCCAUAUUUUACAAAGUGAAACCCUCACACUUGCGACAUCUUCCAGGGAGAUUGGGAGAUGCUAUCAAUGCACAUAAAAAGAAUAUGGAUGAAAUGAUUGUGAAGGGAUGGGAAGAAGCACUCAAAGAAGUCAGCUCCUUGAAAGGAUGGGAAUCGGAGAAAAUUGAUAGCGGGCAUGAAGGAACAUUAGUUAAAAUUGUUGUCAGAAAAGUUAUGGGCGAGUUAAAAAGACUUUUUCAGUUAAAUGUUCCCGAACAGUUGGUGGGAAUUGAUGAUCAUGUGCAACAGAUUAUGAGCAAGAUAGAUGCCGAAUUCAAUGGUACGAGGAUUAUUGGAAUUUAUGGAAUGGGCGGCAUCGGUAAGACAACUCUUGCAAAGGUGUUAUACAACAAACUCUCUAGUCAUUUUGACUAUCGUAGUUUCGUGGCAAAUAUCCGAGAAACAUCUCACAGUAACGGUAUUGAAUGCAUACAAAAGCAACUCAUUUCUGCCAUAAUAGGAAGUUCGUGUGAUGUGUCUAAUGUCGACGAAGGAGUCAGUGUAUUCAAAUCUCGAUUUACGAGUAAGAAAGUCCUAGUUCUUCUGGAUGAUAUGGAUGAUAGUACUCACUCAAAUGCUUUGGUUGGGGACGGAAGUUGGUUUGCAGCGGGAAGUAUAGUCAUCAUCACAACUAGAAACAAAAGCAUUCUUGAUGAAGGUAGGGCAGGCUACAUGUACAAACUCAAUGAGUUGUCUUUAGAUCAAUCAUUGAUUUUAUUUAGUAGACAUGCAUUUCGAAAAGAUUUUCCUCCGAAUGAUUAUGAGGUUAUCUCUCGUGAUGUCGUAUCUACUACUGGGGGGCUUCCAUUAGCUCUUGAAGUUAUAGGUUCUUUCUUAUGUGGAAAGAAAGAAGUCGUAUGGAAAGAUACAUUAAAGAAAUUAAAGAAAGUGCCCAAUAAGAAAGUGCAAGAGAAGUUGAAAAUAAGUUAUGAAGCAUUAGAUGACGAGGAGCAACAAAUAUUUUUGGAUAUUGCAUGCUUUUUUAUUGGAUCACAUAAACAAAAUCCAACUUUCAUGUGGGACGCCAGCAGUUUUCUCCCGGGGAGGGGGAUUGAAGUAUUGAGUCUUAUGUCCCUAAUUAAAAUUGACGAAUACGGCAUUCUAAAGAUGCAUGAUCAAUUGAGAGAUCUUGGUAGGGAAAUUGUUCGUCUAGAAAAUCCAAAGGAGCAUCAAGAGCGUAGCAGAUUGUGGAUCAGUGAAGAAGCCCUAGAUGUGAUUAAUGGAAACAAGGUAAGACUUUUCUCUACUUGUCUUAGUCAGUGAAUAUGGUUCCAUCUUCGCAUUCUUGUUUGAAAUAAAAAUUGUUGUGAGUCUUGACUCCCCAAAACUAGCUGCUUCUACUAGCAAAAGAGCUCUUUUGAUUAAUUAUUGUCCUUGCCUGAUUCUAGGACAUAAUUCAGGAUCAAUUUCUUGGUUAUGGGCAAUUGAUCUAUAUCUUUACCUAGUAGUAUGGUGAUAAGGAUACUCUCCUUUUGGUAAUUUCAAUGCUACAACAAAAUUACAAAAGCAUAAUGUUUGACAGAUUACUUUUAGAGAAAACCUGACAUUUACAAAUUGUUGCAGCCAUGCUUUCCCCGCAUAUUUGUUUGAUGCAAGUGUUUGAUGUUUGGAUUCGUCUUUUGGUUUCUUGUGAGGCCUUUUUUUAUAUUUUAUUUUUACUACUUAUGAAUUAUUUGGUGUGAUAAACGAGACCUCCAAUCAUUGGUGAUGAUUUAGCUAUCUAGGUUCCUGUACUUUUUAAGUUGGGUUAAGUGUAACACCUAAGUAUUAUUGGUUGUGCAAUUUAGUCACCCCAUCUAUUUUUGCUUUUGCUCAAUAUAGUCCUCUAACUUCAACUUUUUUGUGCAAUCGAGUCCUUUGUGGUCAACCGUUAGUUGACACCGUCAAUUUGUUGAUGUCGCUUUAUAUAUGAUUUAUGAGCAACUGGGUAAUAUAGCCCUUUAAACAUUUAUUAUUUUCAUUGUAUAUACUUUUCAUGACAGUGGAUAGUUUCUUUUUAUGAAUCUGCAAAUACCUUUUCUUUUUGUGACGGUGGAUGAUUUUUCUAUUAAUCUCCCGUUAUUAUUUAUUUGCUAUAUAUAGGCUAUCAUGUUAUAAUAAUAAUUUGUUUAUUGUUCUAUUCUUAGUGAGCAUCUUCUUUAGCAAAGAUUUAGUUAACAUUAAUAACAUCAUCUUAUUUUUAUGAAACGAAAACUAGUUUGGGGUAAAUGUGACACGGAUUUAUCAGUUUGGGAUUGUUUGUGACAUGAAAAUUAGUGAGGGGUAAAUGUGAAACAAGUCUAGCAGUUCGGGAUUUUUGGUAUUAUUAACUGAAAUAAAUGUGGUUUUGAAUUUUGUGUGAUGAUUAAUUUUCAUUAUUAGCAUGAAAGUUAAAAGGUAAUCGACUAAAAGCAAUUAUAAUAUGUGGAUGAUUUGUACAAGCAUCAAACAAGCAUGUGCAAAUGUCAUAAGUAUCGUUAAUUAAGAAAAACUAAAUAUAAACAUUGGGAUGCAAAACAUAAUGAAAU